CUGCUAGCUCAGUGGUUGGCAUCCUCCAUUCCUGGACUUUGCUUGAUGGGGAUCUCUGCUGCAGGAGCAGUCUCUGCACUCGAAGGCAGGCGAGCUGGGAUAGGAGAGGUCGGCUCUAGAUGCCGGGAAGGCCAUUUGUGUAAGUUCCUGGCAGAAGAUCUCUUCUGGAACAGCUGCUGGCUGUAGGCCCACCCAGCCAAGGGUCAGGAUAGCCUCUCUGCAGCAUGUCUUCCAAGCCAGAGCAGAAGGAGACCCACCAGGCCAACGGGGCUGUGCUGCCCAUUGUGCCCGUGGACUGUCUCACCAGUCCGGACCGGGGUCAGCUGGUGGAGCCCUCAGACUUCCUGGGACCCAGUGGUGACGGGGUAGAAGUGGUGGUGCUGGAGUCCCGUGCCAAUGCUAAAGGGGUGCGAGAAGAAGAUGCCCUGCUGGAAAACGGCAGCCAGAGCAAUGAAAGUGAUGACACCAGCACAGACCGAGGUCCUGAGCCAGCCUCACCCCUCAAAGAGACCUCCUUUUCUAUCGGGCUGCAAGUCCUCUUCCCAUUCCUCCUGGCAGGCUUUGGGACAGUUGCUGCUGGAAUGGUGCUGGACAUUGUGCAGCACUGGGACGUCUUCAAAUAUGUGACCGAGGUAUUUAUCUUGGUACCUGCGUUACUGGGCCUGAAGGGGAACCUGGAGAUGACUCUGGCGGCUAAUAUUGGCCAAAUGGAUACACCCAAAGAGCUCUGGAGGAUGAUAACAGGGAACAUGGCUUUGAUACAGGUUCAGGCUACUGUGGUUGGCUUCCUGGCCUCGAUCGCAGCAGUGGUAUUCGGAUGGAUCCCAGAUGGGCACUUCAGCAUUGACCACGCUGUCCUGCUCUGUGCCAGCAGUGUGGCCACUGCUUUCAUUGCUUCUCUGGUCCUGGGCAUGAUCAUGAUUGGGGUCAUCAUUGGAUCCAGGAAGAUGGGGAUCAAUCCUGAUAACGUCGCCACACCGAUUGCUGCCAGCCUGGGGGAUCUCAUCACGCUGGCUCUGCUUUCAGGAAUCAGCUGGGGCUUGUACAAAGAGCUGGAGAGCAAAGCCUACGUGAACCCUUUGGUGUGCGCCUUCUUCAUAGCUCUGCUGCCCAUCUGGAUCAUCAUCGCCAAGAAGAACGCGGCCACCCGAGAGGUGCUGUACUCCGGCUGGGAGCCCGUCAUCAUCGCCAUGGCCAUCAGCAGUGUUGGGGGCUUAAUUUUGGACAGAACGGUCUCAGAUCCAAACUUUGCUGGCAUGGCUGUCUUCACACCGGUUAUUAACGGUGUGGGUGGCAACCUGGUGGCGGUGCAGGCCAGUCGCAUCUCCACUUACCUGCACAUGAGCGGGAUGCCCGGGGAGAGCUCCGAAACAGCCCCUCGCAAGUGCCCCAGCCCUUGCAGCACUUUCUUCAGCUCAGAUGUGAAUUCCCGCUCUGCUCGUGUGCUUUUUCUUCUGGUGGUGCCUGGACAUUUGGUUUUCCUUUAUACCAUCAGCUCCAUGCAAGGUGGACACACUACGCUCACCCUGAUUUUCAUAGUUUUCUACAUGACAGCUGCACUUCUGCAGGUUCUCAUUCUUCUGUACAUUGCUGACUGGAUGGUGCACUGGAUGUGGGGCAGGGACCUCGAUCCUGACAACUUCUCCAUCCCAUACUUGACAGCGCUGGGGGACCUGAUUGGAACAGGGCUCCUCGCUCUCAGCUUUCACAUCCUCUGGCUCAUCGGUGACCGGGACUCCGAUGUGGGAGACUAGCUCUCCUUCUCACAGCUCUCCUCCUUCUCAUUUUAUUGUUGUUUCUUUUCCUCCACCCUUGCUCUUUGUCGCUUCCUCCCCCCACCCUGUCUCUCUUGAGACUUCAUCUUUGAUACUGGAUUCUCAUUAUUUUCAAUGGGAAUUUUAUGUGGUUUAUAUUUCAAGCCAAGUUUGUACAGAAAAUAAAUCUAGUUUUAGGAAGGACAAAAAAGAAAAAAAGUGUAAUGAGACAAUCACCAAGUGCAAUUUCAUAGUAGUUAUGUCUGAACCAAGGUU